AUGGUCCGCUGGGGUGGUCCACGCUUCGAGUUCUACUUCACCCGCGACUUCUUGAACCACGAGUACCUUAUAAAAAAGGAGGAAGCGCAGCGCGCGGCAUUCAUCCAUAGUAAGCGGGAACAUGAAAGGGCAAAAGAGGACGCUCGGUUUGCUGAAGCUGAACAGAAGAAGGCUCAACUCCAGGAAGAGGCCCAGCGACUAAUGUCUGCAGAGGUGGAGGAGGCCGCCCGCCGCGCUGCUGCGGAAGCCGCAGCUCAAAACACUGCACAUGCACGGCGACUCCGACGCCUGAAGGAAUUGGCGGUUCCUGUCAUUCGCGGGAGCUCUGCUCAUUCCGCUGGAAGCCACGGUUGCGUGAUGUACCCAACUCCGAAAGGUGUGCCUCUUCCUAUGGGUCGCGACAGGGCUCCCUACACUCCAGGGGUUGAUCGUCACCGUAUUGUGCCACCCCCACCGGAACCUGGCGCCCAUAAACCAUGGCAAGGCAGUGGAACGGCAUGGAUGACGGAUAAGAACAAUGACUGGCAGAAACAGUACUACUUCACCAAGUCCAAGCGACCCGCGGAAACUCUGAGGGAGCGGAGGGCGUGCAUUGAUAAGAUGGAGCGGUGUCACACCAAUGAAGGUGCAGCAAAGAAGCCACCAGUGAACCAAGACGAAAGUCCCGCAAAUGACCAACGUGAAAUUCCCACAUUUGGGACAGAGAGGCAGCAUGAUGAGAUGGGAUCGGAAAGUGAAUCAGAGCGCCCACUUUCAAUCUUCUCCCACGGAAGUUCCAAUGCUCCCAUUAGGGCGUUAGGUACGCAGCACAUGGGGGAUAUUUCCACGAAGGAGGAGGUACGAGAGUUCCUAAGGCGGUACCCAACAGGUGUGGUGCCGCCCAGGGACCGGAGGGCAGCUCCACCUAAUUUCAAUGGCAUGAAUCUCACGGAGCUCACAUCUUCCCUAAUCAAAAUGCAGAAGUGUAAUUUGUGCGGUGGACAUCCGUAG